AUGAAAUUCCUCGGUGCCCUCAUCCUAGCCGCUACAGCCUCAGCGCACUACACCUUCCCUGCUCUCGUAGCUGGAGGCUCCGCAACCGGCCAAUGGCAGUAUGUCCGUAAGACAACAAACUACCAGAGCAAUGGACCUGUGACAGACGUCACUUCCAACCAGAUCCGCUGCUACGAGCUCUCUCCCGGCAGCCCGGCUCAAGGCACCUACGAGGUCGCCGCAGGCUCCACCAUCGGCUUCACUGCCCAGUCAUCCAUAUCGCACCCGGGUACCCUUCAAUUCUACAUGGCCAAGGCCCCCAGUGGGCAGACCGCCGCCUCGUUCGACGGCAGCGGCAAUGUAUGGUUCAAGAUCUACGAGCAGGGUCCUACAAUCUCCGGUGGGCAACUUAGCUGGCCCAGCAACGGGAAGAGCCAGGUCACUGUUCCCAUUCCCAAAAGCCUGCCGAGCGGAGAGUACUUGUUCCGCGUGGAGCACAUUGCGCUGCAUUCUGCGGGCAGCGCGGGAGGUGCGCAGUUCUAUAUCAGCUGUGCGCAGGUCAAGGUCACGAACGGUGGAAAUGGCACGCCAGGACCGUUGGUCUCUUUUCCGGGAGCCUACAAGGCGACGGACCCCGGAAUUUUGAUUAACAUCUACUACCCUGUGCCGACUUCGUACACCCCUCCGGGACCGAAGGUGUGGUCGGGUUAG